CAGGAAAACCGUUGAAAUCAUGGUUUAAAAUCAAGAAAUCAUUAUAUAUUUGCCAGUAGUGAUGUUCAAAAAUUGUAUAACAAAAUUUAUCAUAUACAGCCAUUAAUUGCCGACAAAGGUUUGAACGAUUUAUCUGAAAUACAAUACACAACUUAAAUUGAGAGGGAGGAUAUAUAUCAAAGAUGUCAAUUUAUUCAAAAAGCGAAUUGGACGACACUUCAUAUUUGAUUGUUAGUGCCCCUCCCCUUUAUAACAGACGUUUGGAUACCUGUACGAGUAGUUUGAAUAUAUAUAUGAAAAACCAGAUUGGAAACAAGUCAGAGUCAUGAAUAAAAGCUUAUCUAAUCAGAUUCAAGCUUUAAAGAAUGACCUGAAUAAAAAGACAAAAGAACUUGAAGUCUUAAAAACUGAAAGGAAAAAAGAAAAGGAUGAAAAAAAGAAGCUUAAAAGAGAAAUGACACUGAUAAAACAUGAUCUUUCAACAAAAAAUGAGGAAAUGAAAGCAAAAGAAAAAAGCCAUAUGGAAGAAAUACAAGCGUUAAAGUUUGAAAUAGAAUCGCUUGAGACAACUGAAAGAAAAUUGAGAGAAAAAAUCAAAGCUUUAGAGGAAAACAAUGACACAGAGGAGUAUGAGAGGGAGAGACAAACCAUGUUAAAAUCUGAAAUUGAAAUAAAGGAACUUAGAGAGACAAUCGAAGGUCUUGAAAUGGCACUAAAAGAAAAAGAUCAACUCUUAGAGAAUAAGGUAGCAGAAGCUUUCAUCAUGGAAAAGGGCUUUGAGAAAAUGACAGGAGAAAUGGCUAGCUUACAAUUAGGUCAAAAGGAAAUGAGGAAUCAAUUCAUGGAGGAAAUAACGCAGGUAAAGCACAUAAUGCAAGCUGCUUUUUCGGCCAGUCAAAUUUGCCCCGUGAGUCAUUGUCAAGCACAAAUGCAGUACCCAAAGCGAGAAAAAGCUGAUGAAUUCUUACCUCCGAUAAUAAAAAAUAAACAAGACAAACAAGACAAACCAUGGAGACAUUAAUGAAAUGAUUGCUAAUUGAGGUUGUAUAUUAUUUUGAUGUUACUGUAAAUACUAUUUGUUAGGCUCAUUUUUGUAAUGACAAACAACAAGGCUUCUUUAGAAAUUAGCGAAUCUUGAGUCACAAAAGCCCUCAAAAUAAUACACAUCGUGUGUUAACAAAUGAAAGCAGUAAAAUAACAACGUGUAUAAUCAUUCUUGCUUACAUUUAUUUCUCUGUUGUACAAAUUGUUUUUCACAUUGAUUGAGUAACCACUCGAACUUAAAAUUCAUAUAAAGAUUGUAAAUGUGUCAUUAUUAUACAUAUAUACUGUGCUCCUCUUAGUUCACGGUACUUAACACUUUAAAACAGUAAAGAAGACAAAAAAUAAACUUACACUACAAAAACUUUCAUAAACUGUAUCAUUUAGUCAUUUUUCUGCUAUAUGACACAAGGAAACAACAAUAUAUUCAAUCAAAAUAAGUUUUAAUUUGUCAGAUGUAGACCGUGUGUCGGCCAUUUUGAAAACAGUAUGUCAUCAUUUAACUCGCGGUAACGGUGUUUUAUUUCAGUUUUUUUCAUGUUUCAGUUAAAAUUUCUUCAUGUUAUUUUACAUAAUUUUAAAUAUUAAAAGUAUCUUUACAUUGUAACUCAAAAUUUUUCUUUCAACAAACAAGAACAUUGAGAAAAUGAUGAUUGUUUCAAACGUAUGCACAAAUUUAAUGGACUAUUGUUGUUUUUUGCAGAAGUUUGUAAAAUGUUGUUCAGUUUUACGUAAAAAUCUAUAGAUUUAAAUUAUUUUGCACAAAAACUUUGUUGUUAAGGUGUUUGAAUAAAAUAUGUCAGUUCUGACCAAUUUUAACACUUGUCACAUGAAAAUAUGCCAUUACCGUGAGAUAAGUGAUGACGCGGAAUUAGUUAUGUUGAGUAUACAUAUUAAGUUACAUUUCGGAGAUCUGGAGCUGUUUUUUAUUGUUGUUUUUCUUUUGUACCUUUUUGUUUAUUUGUUGUUGUAUUUCUUAUUUACUUAUUUUUCUAGCAUUUAUUUAUUCAUUUAUUAUUAUCAUUUUGUUUUA